AGCUUGUUUUCUGUCUUAUCCUACUAAUGCAAGCAUGUGGCCCACUUUUGGCCCAGACACAGGCCCCAGAACAACCUGACGCUCCAGGAAUACUGCAGAGGCUGACGGAGAAAGCAAGGGAAGCCAAAGCUAAAGUCCAGGAUUAUGGGGGUGCAGCUCUGGGCUUUCUUGGUGCUUAUUACGAAGACCACAUCCAACCAUGGGCCUCUGGUGUCAAAAGCUCUGUGUGGGAGAAGAUCCAGACUUACAUGCCAUUGAAGGCAAAUAGUCCAACUGAUUAACCCCCUCAAAACUGAAGAAAAGCUGACAAUAAAUUAAUAUUCUUACCACAUGACAUGUCUACGAUUCUUACCACUCAUGGUUGAACUGAUCAUGUUUAAUGGUUUCAUGGGACUUGCUGAUUAUGUGAAAUACAGAAAGAAUGUAACU